CACGAUGAACAUAUCGCAACUGCACGCGACAAUGUCUGGCUAUAUCCGCACGUGAUGCUGUAAAAUAUCGCCGGCCCGCAGCGUAGAAAGACAGACGUCCUUCUCGUGCGCGGCCGACUCUCCUUCACACUGUCUUUGUGUCUCGUGCUUUCAGCGCAUUCACUCUGACAAGGGCCACACCUUCUUUUUUGGCCGCACCACUCUCGUUGUUGCAGACCUCACAUAAAAGCAUUGUGCAUUUCCGACUCACUCUCACCUCUCCGUGCAUUCCAGAAACAUUUCGACUCAGCUACCACAGCCAUCCUUCACCACUGCGACUUCGAAAUUACUCGGCAGGCCCGAAUUCUGGAACGUCGCCAACACCUCUUCACCACUUCAUGCUGUUUCUACAAAAUCGCAUCGCAACCUCGAAGCUGGACUUCGACCCUUCCAUCAACGCAAGGACAAAGACAAACACCAUGCUUACUUUCCACGCCAAGCUCCUAGCCCUCCUCGCGCUCGUCACCCUCUCGCCUCUCGCAUCGGCACACUCAUGGGUCGAAGAAUACCAGGUCAUCUCCGACAAUGGCUCCUAUACCGGCGCUCGCGGUUACUCGCGAGGCUACGUAUCCCGAGCUGACCCAACCUACGACGGCUUCUCCAUGAUGUGGAUGCUUCCCUCGCUCGAGGCUCGCAAACCUGACGGCGCUGUCCGAUCGCGAAUCAACUCUUCCGACUUUCUUUGCCACCCAGCCCAAAGAACUUCCAACUACACCGCAGACUUUCCCAAACUCAACGUCUCUCCUGGCGAUUACGUCGCUGCAAAGUACCUCGAGAAUGGUCACGUCACUCUCCCAUGGAACAUCACUGGCAAGCCUCCAGGCUCCGGCACCAUCUUCAUCUUCGCUACCAGUCAACCAUCAGACACCGAGAAGAUAUCCGAUGUCAUGGAAUGGAACACUGCAGGCACUGGCGGUAAUGGCAAGGGAUUCCUCUUGACUGCCCAGAACUUUGACGACGGACGCUGCCAUCAGCUCAACUGCGGCAGCAUUUCCGAGCAGCGUCAAAUGCUCACCCCAAAUCACGUCGCUGGUCAACCAACCUCGACGGUAGAGAGCUGGUGCGAGACUGACAUCAAGAUCCCAACCAACCUCACCGCCGGCACACUGACCACCUACUGGGUCUGGCAGUGGCCAACCGAGCCGAACGCCGACUGCAAUACGCCCGCCGGCAAGGACGAGUAUUACACCACCUGCGCCGACUUCGAGAUUGUUGAA